CAUUCGCGCUCUCGUACGCGCCUGCCCUCUCUCCGUCCUCCACUCUCUCUCUCCAUCUCUCCCGGCAUCUCGGCACGACCCCAUGUCACUCUCGUUCCUCCUGCGCCGGCGCCCCGCGUCCCUGCGCCUCCCAGUGCACCGCGCGCUCUCCACAAAAGUCGACGUGCCCACCCUCGGCGAGAUCGACAUCCCUACCGGCCUCCACAUUGAUGGCAAAUGGGAAUCUGGAAGCGGCGAUAAAUUCUCCACUGUUAACCCUGCUACGGGCGAGAAGCUGGUCGAUGUUGCGCAUGCGUCACGCGAGGACGUCGAUCGGGCUGUCAAGGCCGCGAGGCGGGCCUUCAAAACGACAUGGGGGUUGAAUGUCGACGCCACGGAGCGCGGGAGGUUGAUCAACCGGUUUGCGGACUUGCUUGAGCGUGAUGCGCGCAAGAUUGCAGCGGUUGAAAGCCUCAACUCCGGCAAGGGCAUCCGCAUCGCUCGCGAUGCCGAUGUGGCCGAUGCGGUCGCGUGUCUGCGCUACUACGCCGGCAUGGCGGACAAGAUUCACGGGCAGACGACGGACGCCUUCGGUGGCUCCAAACUCGCCUUGACGCUGCACCAGCCCAUAGGGGUGUGUGGGCAGAUUAUCCCCUGGAACUACCCACUGGGGAUGUGGGCGUGGAAGGUCGCGCCAGCGCUCGCAGCGGGCUGCACGAUUGUCAUGAAGCCAUCCGAGCUGACGCCGCUCACCGCGCUCAUGAUGAACGCGUUGGCCGUCGAGGCCGAGCUGCCUGCGGGUGUGCUCAACACUGUCCCCGGCCUCGGCGCGACGACGGGAGACGCCAUCGCGCGGCACAUGGACAUUGACAAGGUGGCAUUUACCGGCUCCGUACCGACCGGCAAGCGCAUCUCCGUCGCCGCCGCCGAGAGUAAUUUGAAGAAAGUUACGCUCGAGCUGGGCGGCAAGUCGCCGAUGCUCGUCUUCGCCAGCGCCGACACGGACGAUGCGGCGCAGUGGACCGCCAACGGCAUCUGGUACAACUCGGGCCAGGACUGCUGCGCGUCCUCGCGCAUCUACGUCCAGGCGAACGUGUUCGACCGCUACGUGAACCAGCUGCGCAAGCGUGCGCUCACGGUCGCGAUCGGUGCGCCGUCCGACGAGAAGACGAGCUUCGGCCCCCUCAUCUCGGCCGCACAGCGCGACAAGGUGCUUGGGUAUAUCGACUCGGCGAAGCAAGAGGGCGCUCGCCUCGUGUCUGGCGGUCGCGCGUGGCCGCGCUCGAAGGGUUUCUAUGUUGAGCCUACGAUCCUCGCCAACAGCGCGCACAAGGACUUGCGCGCUGCGCGGGAAGAGAUCUUCGGCCCCGUCGUCAUCGUCACGCCUUUCCGCGACGAAGAGCAUGCGCUCGAGCUCGCGAAUGAUAGCGAGUACGGUCUCGCUGCGGCCGUCUUCACCGGCGACACCCGCCAGGCGAUCCGUGUCGCCCGCAGCCUCGACGCUGGAUCCGUGUGGGUCAACCAGUACGGCGCCGUGCACAACAACGUGCCGUUUGGCGGGUUCAAGCAGUCCGGCGUAGGGCGUGAGCUGGGAUCCUACGGACUAGAGGGCUACCUGCAGAUCAAGGCCGUGCAUCUAAACUUGGGUGUAGAGGCGCCGUGGCCCAUUUAGCUGACAUCCAUACAUACACAUCACUUUACCACACUCUUGCAUGCACCGUCUGAGCCUUU